AUGUCCCUAGUAGAGGCACUCCUCUUCCUAAGUGUGGUCCUGGUGCUGCUCCUUUUAACCCGAAACGCCCAGGACAGGUGGAAUGCAGCCAGGUUUCCCAAGAGCUUGCCAUCGUGGCCAUUGAUUGGAAGUUUGCUGAGUUUGAGGAGUGAUGUCCCACUUCACCUGAUGUUUCAGAAACUCCGGAAAUCGUACGGGAGUAUCUUCUCCUUGAUGAUGGGCUCUCAGUAUAUGGUGGUGAUCAACAGCUACCAGUAUGCCAAGGAAGUGUUGCUGAAAAAGGGCAAAGUCUUUGCGGGGAGACCCGACAUGCUGACGAGCAACCUGCUCUCCAGAGUUGGGAAAGAUAUUGCAUUUGGAAACUAUAGCUCCAGCUGGAAGUUUCACAGGAAGCUUGUUCAUUCGGCUAUCUACCUGAGUGGUGACAGCACUACAUCUUUAGAGAAAAUAGUUUGCCGAGAAGUUCAAUCAGCAUGCAGUCUGUUUGAACACUUCGUUGACUCCCCAGUGGACAUCAUGCCAGAGGUGACCCGAAUGGUCACAAAUGUCAUCUGCUUGUUGUGCUUCAACUCCAAGUAUGAGAGAGGAGACCCAGAGUUUCAGAAGAUGCUGCAGUACAGCCAAGGCAUUUUGGAUAAUGUCGGAAGGGGUGCUUUAGUAGAUAUCUUCCCCUGGAUGCAGCUAUUUCCCAAUGAAGGUCUCAAACUUCUGAAACAAAGCAUUGCAGUCCGAGACAGUAUACUCCAGAAGAGAUAUGAAGACCACAAGGAGGCGAAUUAUAACAGUCACUCUAUAAAUGAUUUGCUGGACAUUUUGCUGAAAGCCAAGCAGAAUGCAGAGAAUAAUAACAAUUCCAAGUAUGAGGAGAGACUGACAGAUGACCAUUUACAAAUGACAGUGGCGGAUAUUUUUGGAGCAGGGGUGGAGACCACAGCUACAACCCUCGCAUGGACAAUUAUUUACCUGCUUCACUAUCCUGAGGUACAGGAAAAAAUACGUGAGGAAAUUGAUAGCCAAAUUGGAUUAAACAGAACUCCACAACUGAGUGAUAGAAGCAACUUGCACUUUCUCAGUGCAACUAUCAGUGAAGUUUUGCGGAUCCAGCCUGUUUCCCCUCUGCUAAUUCCACAUGUGGCUAUGGCAGAUUCCAGUAUUGAUGAGUACACAGUCCCCAAAGGUACCCAUGUUAUUGUUAACCUCUGGGCUAUUCAUCACGAUGAAAACGAAUGGCAAAAUCCAGAUAACUUCGAUCCAGGCCGAUUCCUGGAUGAAAAUGGGAAGCACAUUUAUUCACCUUCCAUGAGUUACUUGCCGUUUGGUGCUGGGGUCAGGGCUUGUCUUGGAGAGAUGUUGGCCAGGAUGGAGCUCUUCCUCUUCUUGUCUUGGUUUCUUCAGCGAUUCAGGGUCAGCGUUCCUCCAGGUUACCCCCUGCCAAGUUUGGUAGGAAACGCUGGGAUUAUCCUUCAAGCAGGAAAGUUCAAAGUUCAGCUCCAGCUCCGGAAUGCCUGGGAAAAUAAGGAAUAACCCGACUGAAGGACAAAUUGUUCCUUCAGCUACAUGCACUCUUCAUGACGCA